GUGUUGGUCACAGCCAUAGCGUAAACAUCUGAGCUCCGCUGCCAACCAUUCAAGCCCAAAACCCACAUAAUUGAAUUUUAAUAUGGGUUUGAAUUAUAACUAAAAUAAUCAAAACAGCUCAAAUUACGUUUCGGUGCAAGUAUAACCAGAAUUAUUUUGUUCUUACAUUCAGAAAUUGUGUAUAAUUUAUAUAUUGUGUUUUGUGGUGAAUGAAGCGAGUUAUUUUAGUAACUUUUUGGACAAUAUUGUGACAAUCAUGAAGUGGUGUCACGGUAGAUUGUCGUUACUGGUGAGGAUUGUCACAGUGUGGUGGCCGCAGUUGUCAUGCGCAGCGAAGGAGAUUUCUUCCUGGACGCUCCAAUCGUGUAUGAUGCCCAGCAACCCCGAAAACUACCCCGUCGCCAGCCAUCACCUGGACACACUCGACCUAGGGAAGUUGAGUCAAGUGGCGAAGAAUUUCUGGCUCUCUUUCUCUGGGACGAUCGUUAAUAUGGAUGAUUAUAGUCUCAAGAGUGGUGUGCUGUACAGUGUCAACCGCAACAAGACCUUCGCUUUCCAGAAGGAGAAUGACCACGUCCUUCCCUACAACCUGCCGUCCAACCUCGUGACUCUGGACAGAGGUUCCUUCGGCUUCGUCUCCUGCCAGAAAACCAGAGAGAAAGCGAAGGAGGAACUACUGGAAUGGUGGCAGGACGUUCCUUUAUCUUAUAUAGCCAAAGUGCUGAUAGCCGUGGGCGUGAUCGUAGCAGUGGUGGUGGGGCUGGGGUGUGGGGCUGUGGGAGUGGUGGUGCGAAAACGAGCAAGUGGGAGAGCCCAGAUUAUAUGAAGUGCACACACAUACACACGUACACAUACACGCACGUAGACAUGCACGUACACACACACGCCAAGCUGUACGUUUC